AUGUCAGAUAAGAAGAAAUCAUCAAGCACAGCUGUCAACCUGAUUGCAGGUGGUACUGCUGGUUUAUUUGAAGCAUUAUGUUGUCAUCCAUUAGAUACCAUCAAAGUUAGAAUGCAAUUGCAUCGUAAAUCAGGAAUUGUUAAAAACCCUGGUUUCAUUACAACUGGUAUAUCAAUUGCUAAAAAAGAAGGUGUUACUGGUUUAUAUAAAGGUUUAGGAGCUGUUGUUAUGGGUAUUAUACCAAAAAUGGCUAUAAGGUUUUCUUCAUAUGAAUUUUAUAGAGGUUUAUUGAAAGAUCCAAAUACUGGUGUCAUUACAACUGGUUCAACUUUUUUGGCAGGUGUUGGUGCUGGUAUCACUGAAGCUUGUCUUGUUGUUAAUCCAAUGGAGGUUGUUAAAAUUAGAUUACAAGCUCAACAUCACUCAAUGUCUGAUCCUUUAAGUGUACCAAAAUAUAGAAAUGCUGGUCAUGCUGUUUAUGUUAUUAUUAAAGAAGAAGGUUUUAAAACUCUUUAUAGAGGUGUUUCAUUAACUGCUGCAAGACAAGCUACAAAUCAAGGUGCAAAUUUUACAGUUUAUUCCAAAUUAAAAGAAUAUUUAACUGAACAUCAUACACAAAAUGGUAAUAAUGGUGUCAUUCCAAGUUGGCAAACUUCUUGUAUUGGGUUGAUUAGUGGUGCUAUUGGUCCUUUUUCAAAUGCUCCUUUAGAUACUAUAAAGACUAGACUACAAAAAGAAACUAAACAAGCUAGUGCAGCUGGUGAAGAAAUUAAACAAAGUGCAUUGAGUAGAAUUACAAGAAUUGGUAAAGAUUUGAUUAAAGAAGAAGGUGUUGGUGCUUUAUAUAAAGGUAUUACCCCAAGAGUUAUGAGAGUUGCCCCAGGUCAAGCUGUUACUUUUACCGUUUAUGAAAUUGUUAGAGGAUGGUUGGAACAAUUACCUGCAUUGUCUAAUAAAGAAGCUUCUGCUUUUGAUGAGUAG